UUCGCGGGGUAGCAGAGGCAUUUCUCUACAUCCUGCUGGGACCUUCUAUGCGAGCUAAAUUGCUAUUUGCUAGCACAAACACACAGAAGCUAGAACAACCAGCAGAGUAACAAUAAAGCACUAUCUCAGCUCCAAGAUGGCUCAAACACAGCAGAUAGGAGCUCCACCUAAUUACCAUGAGGUUGAAGAGAAGCGAGAUCAAGCCAUGGUUCAACAACCACCCCAAAAACCGACUCAACAGCCACCCCCCAUUGGGCAGGUCUACUAUCCUGCACAGCAGUCGCAGGUGGUCCCCGGCACUGUUUAUCAAACGCCCUACCAAAUCCCUCAAAUGCAUCAGCAGGUUGAGGCUGCAGUGGGCAAGCCCCCUUACCCCGGACCCAAUGAUUUUCUCAUUUUGAGCCUGGUUACCAUGAUCAUGUGUGGAUUACUCAACAUUACCUCUCUCAUGAUUGGCAUUCCAGGACUUGUGUUUGCAGGCUUGAGCAACCACAAUCGUACAGCCAACCAGAACUAUCACAAUGCCAAGAGGUACUCCAACUAUGCCCUGGGGCUGGUCAUAGCCAACAUCAUCUACACCCUCGUGUUGGGUAUCAUUCUGACUGGAGUUGCCGUGGGGUUAAGCAGAAUUAGUCUCUACGGUUAUUAUGGCUACUACGGCUGACAGUAUGAAAACAGACCAUUUAUAUAAUGAACGUUAUACGUGAAUGCUAACAAACUAGCUUAGCCUAUAUAAUAUAUAGCUGUAUCAAUCGUAAUCCCAUGUAAUGUUAGUUGUGUGCUUGCAUGUGUGUAUGGUUUUUUCAUUUAAUGCUGCAAGUUUUGUGCCAUGGCAAUGUAUAACCGUGUAUAUACGAUA